UAGCGACUCCUGUACAGAACUGCAAGCACAGAGGGGAACGAGAGGCAGAUAGUCUUCUCCAUCCGCAUACCAGAGAGCAUUCGACGCAAGCCGGGCACCAGCAUGAACGGGAAUGGCAACGGGAGCGGGAGCGCGGGUCCGUCGCCGGUCCAGAAAAACUACUGGAAAGUGAUGGAAGCCAUAGAUCUCCUGUCGUCCUCCUCCGAUGAAGAAGAGGAUGCCGCCAACGACAAGGUGGUUCGCAUCGCGGAAAGCAACGAUUCCACGCACCCCGGCGCGGAUCCGAAGCGGGAGGAACCCGACCCCGCAUCGGGUGCCGCAAAACGACGACAGAAAACCAUCGACGAAUCCCUCCGRGUGUCUUUUUCCGGUGGCACCGCAAGCAACGGAAGCCCUUGCGACACCAAGGAUCACAGGGCCCGGAGGGUCCUGGAUUCUUUUUUCGAGGCGGGGGCUUCCAAGAACGCCGCCUCGGCCCGGGACGCCCUCGCGCUGCAGCGGAGCCUUCUGGAGUCGGACACCGAGAGCGACGGCAGCGGCAGCGGGGGGAUCGCCUUCAACAGCCAACUCCUCCUCUGCGGCGGGGGCUUUUCCGCGAGCACCCCGAUCGACCUCCUCGACGACGAGUCCCCGCCCCCCCGUUCCGGAACCGAGGGCGCCGCCCCCGCCUGGAUCGGGUCCGGGAGCCCGUCCGGCCGCCACCGGAACGGUCGCCGGCGCCGGCUGGAGGCCGUCCGCAGCCGCAACCUGAGAGGGGAGGACGGCCCGGCCGAGAGCCCCAGCGAGAGCGACGCGGACGGGGACCGCAGCGACGUGGAUCCCAAUAGCCCCAGMRGCACCCCGGCCGGGAGCGGCAGCGGCGAAGCACACGGGCCCGGAGCGGAAAGCACGGACCGAGCCCACCGGGGGCAAGGGGCGGCAACCGGAAGGAUCCGGGCCGGGGGACUGUCGCCUCCGGACGGUGCGAGCACCGCUUGCGGGCCGGGCACGGAACCAACGGGGGGGAGUCCCUCCGAGGCCGCCGGGACUCUGGCAACGGCCUCCGAGACCAGCCCCCCGAACGCACACCCGGCGGCGGGUGCCACGCCCGCCAGAGCGGUGGCGGCAACCCUUGCUGCAGCGAUGCCAGCGGCAGCGGCGGCCCCUUCCGGAACGCUACCACCAUUGCGAAAGCUCACGGCGCGGAAAACAUCCUUCCUGGCAAACGCCAAGCACAAAACCGGCGCGGACGCCUCCGGACCCGCCGGUGGAAACACGGCCUUUGAGAACCUCUACAUGAACGGAAAGGAUUUUAUGGUCUGGGCGGGAAUCACCGACCCGGUGGAUUUCUUGCACCUGGCCAAGGAGCUCCCGUCCAGGGUAAACACCUGGAGAAAGGACCGGGGAUCGCCCCCCCUCAGCGACCCGGCCGGCUACAUCCGGACGCUAAAGCGACAGAUUCUGGACCACCGCAAGUCGGUGGCAGCUUCCGCCAAGAAGCGCGGAAUUCGUGUCCAAAGAGACAAGUGGUUGCCCAAGCGCCAGCGCCUGGUCUACCCGGACCCGCAGAACAAGGACAAGGGCGAGGUCUUUGUGUAUCCCUCCCUGGACGACAUCCCGGGCAGCGCGGCGGUCUUUCUGAAAGACAUGGGAAUUACUUCGGCGCAGGAAGCCCUCGGGGCAAAGGGCCUGGCAAAGCACCUCAACGAGUGGAGGGAACGCCGAAACAAGGCUCCGCUCCAGUCGCCCAACAACCGUGUGUCCCACUGGAAGACGUGGAUCCGGAAGAACACGGUGGUGAAACGCGCGUCGGGAGAAAGCACCCCAGCUUGCGGCAACCCCGUGGUGGGGGGUUCUCCCGACACCGGAUACGAGGACAUUGACGUUUCCAGCUGCAUGGAAUUGGUACCACCGCUGAGCAAGAGAUUCUUGAGUGCGGAAACAGGGUUGCCCGUGUAUCAGUUUGCCGUGUUUGACAAACGAACAAAAGGUGAGUGCGUGUCUCCGUGUCUGCGUCUGUCUUUCUGUCUUUGUGUCACUGCCUUUGUCUUUGUCUAUACCGCUACACCUAUAGCUGGACGCGUGGUUGGCCUAGUGCAGUGAUGAAAAGUCGAGUCAAGAAACAAAGAAUAGAUGAUGAACGCAGGGAACGAAGGCAAAGACUUUUCGAUCGCUCAUUCCCCUCCCCCCUACCCUCGUUUUUCGUGUUUUUUCUUUAUCAAAACCAAAGACAUCAUAUACGAGUUUCGGGUAGAAGCCAAGCCGUCCUGGAUUCCUAAUGCUGGAAAUGGAGCAUUUCUAACUUUUCUGGGUGCUCGAAAAGCUCGACAGCCGUCGUCUCCCGAUCCUGACCCGAAGUCCGAGCAGAACGUAAUCCAACCUUUGGUUUCGAAGGAGAAAUCCAAGGAGAACGUCAUUCAACCGUUGGUGUCGAAGGAUUCCGACGGGUAUCACAUGAACGUCAAGAUUGCAGGAGAAUGUUUUCAGGGAGAAAACAGCCCUUUCCAAUAUCCACAUCCUACGAGUCUGCCCUCGAUUUACGUAUCACCGGAGAGAAUAUCCUUAGAUGGAAGCAAACAACACCCCUGGGAUCUGGGAUCAGAAGGGAAUAUUUUUUUGGCGCAAUACGUCGAGUGUCCGGAACGUACAUUUUCAACGGAUCAAGAGGGUUGCUCGACGAUUGAGUUGGGGAGAUACGGCCCGUUUCGACGGUCGGAUCGCAAAACCCAGCUGCAUUACGACAUUAAGAACUUUGUUUUUUCCAAUGAAACAUCUGAAUGGGGAUUUGAUAUACUCGAGGAAUUGAACGGGGAAGAACAAGUGGCCGACGUCACGGAUGAUUCAACCGGAAUGCCCCAUCUUGUUGCGGAACGAAACAUAUCGAUGUACGUGAACGAGACCGGUGGAGACCCCGAAUUGAAACAAACCGUAUGGUCCAAACACGUCCUGGAUCGGGAGGUAAAUUAUUUUUUCAAAACAAAGGAAGCAAUGAAAAAAGGAGAAACCAUAGAACUUUUGAUCUCGUACUUCGGUACAUACGAUGAGUGAGUACUUUGUAUUUGUUUGUAUGUGUGCUUCCAUUCGAAAGACUCGCUUUCAACUUGUUGCAGUUGCUCGAUGGAUAUCCUCUAAUAAUAUGCUUUUAUUACAUUCGAUCCUUUAGAAUUCGAGAGAGAAAAGGUUACGGAGAAAGAAACAAAACUGGGCAGGCCCGGAGCGACGAUCACUUCCCAAGUUUUUUGGAAAGAAACUUCGUAGAACGGUACGAUAUGAUCGAAGUCAUCUACGAGGUGCCAGACGCGAUGGUACUUUAUCGGCUUUCUGAGUUUU